AUGCUGGGCAGGAGAACAAGACACCCCCAAGAAGUAAUCAGCAAGCACCGGAUGAACCUGUCCCACCAGGAUGCUGUGCCCCAAAGGAUCAGCCCAUCCAAAGAGUGUGACAUCAGCCUGGAGGUGUUCAGCAAAUCCACACCUGAACUCAAACAGAGCCGCAAGCUGGCACAGCAAGCCCGGGACAGGAGAGCCCGCAAAGCUGACCUCAAAGACUCCAACGGGAGGGAGGCAGAAACAAUUACCUUUAUUUCUGGCACAGCAGAGGCUCCCCAGACCCAGAGCUUGUGCUGUCUUUCUUUGUCUCAGGCCUGGAAUGCCUCCAAGGCUGUUCUCUGCUGUAUAGUGACCUGUGGGGGCUGCUUUAAGAAUUGCAGCAUUCACAUCCCCUGCCUGGGUCACACUGAGACUUCGACUGAUGAUGGAAGAAACAGAGAGCAAAAUGGACGUGUGCCUAGCAACAGCCCUGCCAACAUCUCACCCAUUGAAAAGAAUGGGAACCCGAUCAAAAAGAACACUAUGGGGAGCAGUUUCAGUUACCCAGAUGUGAAACUGAAGGGGAUCCCUGUCUAUCCGAACCGGAGCCCUGGCAACCAUACAGAUGCAGAUUCGUGCUACAAAGAGCCCCUGCCAGAGAAGACCUUCAGGAACAGCAUAGAAAAGCCACCACUCCCCAGCAGCCACCGGAGCUCGGAGGAAUAUUACUCCUUCCACGAGUCUGACCUGGACCUCAGUGAGUUGAGCAGCUCUAUGUCCAGCAAAGAGAUUGAUGUCUUGAUCUUCAAGAAACUGACCGAGCUCUUCAGCGUCCACCAGAUUGAUGAGCUGGCCAAGUGCACGUCAGACACUGUCUUCCUGGAGAAGACCAACAAGAUCUCAGACCUGAUCAAUAGCAUCACUCAGGACUACAACCUGGAUGAGCAGGAUGCUGAGUGCAGGCUAGUCCGAGGCAUUAUACGUAUCAGCACCCGGAAGAGCAGGGUCCGGCCCCCCAUUUCCAUUCCUGCCACCAAGAGCCACGAGGAGAAGGCAAGCAGAGGAAACCCACCGGACAGCGGCAAUGAAACCAUGCUGGAGUCCCUAAUCACCAGCCAAGACGAUUUGGCUGUGCAGAUAUCCGAGGAAACCACAGCAGAUGCGAUAGCCAGGAACAUGAGGCCGUUCAGCGCUGCAGGGUCUCCAAUGAGCAGAGCUUCCUCCUACCAGGACACAGAGACUGAUUCGUCUGGAGCACCACUGCUUCAGGUUUACUGUUAG